UGUCAUCUCUAAUGGCAACUGAAACAUAGGAAAAGUGAGCGAAGUUUUAACAAAACAAAUAGGUUUAGCUUCCUUUUAAAUAGGUUUCUCUACUUUUUGACGUCCCGACCGAAAUUCCCCGUAGCAAAACAACAAUGGAUGCGACUUGUAAGGCCAUGGAGCAGUUGCUGGCGGCCGUGGAGCUGAGCUGCAGCCACAGUGAGGCCACCACGCCUACGGCCACGACCACUGUAUCGAUUUGGAACACCCCCUCCGAGGGUACUGCCUCCAGUUCUAUAGAUCCCGCCUCCUUCCGGUUCCGGCUGGAUGGCCAGACCAUAUUGCCACCGCUGAUGACGAGCGCCAAGAGACGUGAGGUGCAGCAAGCCCGUCAGAUGGCUUUGAAGCUGGAGGAGCGCUACCGCCUGGCCAGACACUCGACGGGAACCGACAUGGCCAGUCGAAGGAGGCUGUCUCAGCUACAGCAGACGGAGACCUUUAUCUACGACAGCACACAAAGGCAGGCACGUCCCCAAACCCUGGUAUUGGAUUUACAGCUGCCGACCAUACAGGUGGAUCCUCCCACGCCCCACCCAGGGGAGCCAGUGAAGAACUCGUCGCCCAGGCGUCAUAAUCGCAUUACCGAUCGCAUCCUACAGUUCGAGCAGUCGGGACUUGGAAGAUUGUUGCCCAAGGAUAAGGACAAGGGGAUCCUGCGCUCCAGUACAAGUCCUUCGAUCGCUGCAGCCAAAAAGCAACCACUGGAUUUAAAGGAAAGGGAGCUAAUGAGUUCUCCACAGCCAGAGCCAGCUGGCUUUCAGCGCUCCAGGAGCUUCACGCUUGAGGAGCCCUCUCUGGUUCUCGUAGAGCACAUGCAGAGGCAGGCCCUGGCUAUUAAGCCCAGCAAGAGUUUGGCCAACUUUCAGAGGCCGACCAUCGAGUCGCAGGCCAAGCGGGUUAAUCGCAGUCCCACCAACACCACCACAACCACAGUCAAUGGCAGCUUAGCCAGCAGCAGCUGCUCUAGGAGAGAUCGCGAGGUGGAGCGAAUAAUAGAAAAAGCGCUGGACCAACUUGCUCCCCUAGAGGCAGGCCAGAAGGCAGAUGUGCGCAACUUUCUGCGUGACCAUCAGGAGCAGAUGAAUAAGUUGGUCAUCCAUCAGGAGGAGGAGCGUCGUCGCAUGCAAUCGCAGUUUGACCUUCAGCAGCGCCAGCUCAUCAAGGAAUUGUGUGCGAAAAUCGACUGUCCCUCGGGCACCGAUAAUCCUGAUGGAAUGGUGUCGGAGUGCACCAGUACGGGAGACCUACUGGAUGUUACCCAUGAGCUCGAUGAAUUUCUUACGACGGAGGACAGCUGCCGAAUGAAGGCGGCUUCUUCCUCCGCUCGAAAAAGGUUGUUUAGUCCGAAACAUUCGCAGGGCUACGAAUCGGAACCGCAGCAGCGUGGUGAGUCUAGUGCGCUCAGCACUCCGCGAUCGUUGCCACUCAGGAACAGCAGUCUGUCCAACAGCAGGCGAAGCGGGCAAACUGUGAGGAAGCGAUCCCAAACCGUGGGCAGUAAUCCGAGGAAAUUAAUAGGAUCUGCGGUACGCGAGGUGAUCAAGUCACCGGCAAAGGCUAGUGGUGGAGGAGGACGACCGAAAAGUUCCCCAGGAAGUGGCAGCUCUACUCAAUCGAAAAAGGGCAAUGUACCAGCACGGAGCAUCUCACCGCGACUGAGCCAUAAACUUACCGAUCUGGAGCAGGAGGAGCGCCAAUGGGCGGCCUCGCGUAUUAAUGCCGGUGUGCGGGGAUUCUUGGUCCGCCGUCUCUUUGCAACCGAGCAGGUGCAGCGGAUUGUCCAGACCAUCAGGGACACACUGAUAUUCGUGCUAAACCUACAUUUGGAAACCUGCGGUCAUGGCCUGGAUGCAGAGGAGCCCGCUAAUCUGCGCCUUAAGGCGCGACUGCUUCAACAGCUCUGCUCGGCCAGCCGCACUCUGCACCUGAUCUUCUUCCAGACCAGCACAAAGGAGCGCAUGGAGAUCAUCGCUCGGGAUCGCAAGCGGAUCAAGACCAAGCUCCUUUUAAAACACCGGUGAUCCGUUUCGGAUUUCGAGGGUUAUAAUAAAGAGGAGGAAACGAUAAACGAACAUUCCCAGCCUUAAAUUUACUAGCACCUAUUAUAUCAAGUGUUCCUGUUUUCACUGUUUCCAUAUACUCACAAGACUCAGAUUUAAUUGUAUUUAUUCUCUAAAAAAACAUCUUUAAAAUUACAUUUUAUGGGAUUAAAAAGAAAGUAAGAAAUGUCACGCCUGACAUUCAGAAGU